GGUUUUUUUUUUCCUGCGCGUGAUCCGCAGCCCAUUGGAUCAUUCUGUCGGCUAAAUAAAUCACCGUUAUUGGACCUAGUCGAUCAUGACGACAUGGACAAUGACGGGCACAGAAGAAAAAAUAAAGAAAUGAUUCUUCUCAAAACGGUAUGGGCAUUGCACUUGCCAUAUCGAGAACUGAAUCGAUCAUCGGCGAUGAUGGAUAGGUGAAGCAUACUUGGUGGGGCAAAACAGUUGCUUUGAUUUCAUUUGUUCAUUUCUGCUUGAAUUUACAGUCACAGAGUGCCUUUUGGGCAACGAACGCUCACCAAGAAAUAGCCUGCGCCCAUUUCCCUUUGUCGUUCCUCGUUCGUUUCCUUCCACACUGUUUUAUUCUCUGCUUAAUUUUUCCCUGUCAUUCAUUGCCAUUGUUUUAUUACUUUUGCAUUUAUCAAUGUCAUCGACCGAUUCGUUUUCCUAUGUCAAUCAUUCAGCGUCUUCUGCCAGCAUGCGAUCCGACGACUACCCAGGUGUCGUUCGACCAUCGGUACCAAAGACCUCCAUCAGCCAUCCUAUAAACAUUAGUUGGAUCAUUGCUCCUGAUCAGCUGCCAUUACUGUGUUCUGCGGAUAUGCCGGAGAGGUACGAUUUGUUCGACCUGAUGAGCAAUCGCGGGGUGGAGGAUCAGUUACGGUGUCAGCUGGAGAAGAGGCAACAUGACGACUCGUCGUCGUUGUCACGGCGGAAUCUAGGCAAUUUGGCUCUUAGUUCUUGUCCCGGCAAAAAGGUCCGAUUAUCGGGUCCCGUUAGAGGUCGAGCCGCCAUCAAUCGUGACCUGGAACUCGAUUUCAAUCGUAUGCGAAACUUUGGAAUCACGAUGCUCGUGUGUUGUUUAAACGACGAAGAAUUGGAAUAUCUGGGUGCUUCUUGGCCGAAGUAUGUGGAAGCCGCACGAAGAAACAAUCUACAAAUCGUUCGAUUACCCAUGAUCGAAGGUGGUUGUCCCAAUUCCAUUGAAGAGAUGGACGCGGUCAUUCAGUUGGUGAACGCGAAAAUCAACAAGGGAGAAAAUGUCCUCACACAUUGCCGCGGUGGCGUGGGACGAGCUGGCUUGUUCGCUUGCUGCUGGUUACUGGAAAGACGAUUAUGUUUCUCAGCCCAGCGUGCCAUCACCUAUCUUCGUGUGCGACGUAGUCCCAAAGCUAUCGAGACUUUGCGUCAGGCCGAAUUUGCUAUUCUUUACUGUCAAUAUUGCCGCCGCAAAGCAGAUCCGGGCCUUUCUAUCCCCCCUCCCCGGGAAACUGGUAUACCUAACUACAACAAUUCCUCGUUGAAUCCUCCUUCCGGCUUUCUUAACCCUCAUCCCGAUAUCCACACCGACAAUGCUGAUGCUCCUGACACCACGCACAUCAAGCCUCACCGAACCUAUUCUGAACCUCACAACCUUCAUUCUGAUUCACAUAUCCCACGUUCUAAUCCACCUAUCCAUACCCAAUUUACAGCUGCCCUUACUGCUGCGACUCAGACCAUGCCAAGUCAUACGGCAUUCUUUCCAGCACCUGGUUCUACCGGUGCAUCAGCAGAUGCAUGCCAUGAUAACGUGUUAUCUCCCCAUCUUCCAUACCCUGCCGCGCCACCGCCUGUGACCCAGCCUUUGCUAAUGCUUCACACUGACCAUACGUUGUCUGUCCCUUCCAUUGAUGACAUUGGUCGCCUGGAGCACUCCAUCAACCGAAAUUGUAAUCAUUAAGCUUGCCCUCUCCUGAUCAAUUCAAUAUCAUAUCCAAAACCGAAAGACAAAGCGAUAUAAACAGCGACAAUGUUUAUGUAAUUCAUCUGAAUA